AUGAUCAGGGAGACAGGGAUGGAGCGAUGUAGACAUGGAGCGAGGGAGCUAUUAGAGAGAGACGAUGCCCUUGGCUUGACCGUGAGGCAGACAGGCUCUGCAGUAACAGUAACAGCAGCAGCAGUGGCAGGGGGCGGGAGAAAGGCGGGCUGCUAAGUAGUGGCGAGGCAGCGUUGGGUCCCAGUGCGAGCCAGUCUCAUUGCACUGCUCUCCAUGUCUCCACCAGGCAGGCGGAGAGAGACAUUACAGGCAGCCCUGGUUAGCAUGAUGGGGCUAAGAGUGGCUCCGCCUCAGCCUGCUCCCUAAUCAUUACUCCAUUGUCAUCUAGGCUGCAUAUUUUCAUCUCGAAACUGCUCGCAUGUGUUGUGCCCUUUUGACAACGGUGUUUUCCUGCUACAUUAUGGACCGAACAUUCGUACGUAGCUUGCUGCCUUGUAUGCAUUGCUGCGAUUAUAAUAUUAAAAAAGAAUAGUUUAUCAACACUUUAAGCUAAACAUUCUGAUCUGUUGCAUCAGGACUCAUUGCUUUUUAACAUCGUUUUAUGUAGCCUAUAGACCUACUGGUUAUAUGAAUUUAGGAUCUAUCGUCCCACAACACUCCCAGAGUCUGAUUGGAACAGGCUAUUUCUUUGUCGACAAGCUGACCAAUAGAAUAGGUCAACGUUUCUAAAAUGGGGGAUGGUAGAUUGACGUAGGCUAGUGAUUUUGCUGUUCGUUACUUGUCUUUCUUGACAAUUGUUCAAACAUCUUAAAAGUACGCAUCAGAACGAGUGGGCCGAUGAGGUCCAGCUGACCCAGCAACAAGCUGAGCCCCAGGCCCAAGUUCAUGGUGCUGUGCGGGGAUCCACCCCGUACCGGGAGGGGCAGGAGCGGGAUUUGAAGGUGUGUCUGAGCGGCACAGAUCCCUCCAUCCCUCUGGUGUUUGUCAGUGGGAACCAUGACCUGGGUAACGCACCCACCCCAGAGACUGUAGCCCACCCCGGAGACUGUAGCCCACCCCGGAGACUGUAGCCCACCCCGGAGACUGUAGCCCACCCUAGAGACUGUAGCCCACCCCGGAGACUGUAGCCCACCCCGGAGACUGUAGCCCACCCCGGAGACUGUAGCCCACCCCGGAGACUGUAGCCCACCCCGGAGACUGUAGCCCACCCCGGAGACUGUAGCCCACCCCGGAGACUGUAGCCCACCCCGGAGACUGUAGCCCACCCCGGAGACUGUAGCCCAGCUCGGCAACGCCUGGGAAGACGACUACUCUGGUGCUGAACUUCCAGCUGCUCUGUGAUGCGUCGGCCUGCCCCGAUCUGAGAGACGCCCAGGAGGCCUGGUUAGAGGGCCAGCUACAGAGGGCCUCUCAGGGGCAGACCGCCACGAGGCAGAGCCUCAUAGGCAGGUUCACAACGGCCUGGACUUGGUGGUGAGCUCCGCUAUAGGCUGCCAGCUUGGGAGACGACACUCACGGGGUCAGGGUGGUGGUGGUGGUGACCACCGACCAGGUCAUCCAUCUCUACCACGGCCUGGAGCAGCUCAGUGGGCGGGGCAUGGACGAGGACCUCAGGAAACUACUGCAGGCCUGA